GACACAGAGGCGACGUGAAUGAGCUUAAUACGCAACCCCUACUUUUUAACACCGUUUGGAAGUGUCAUAAGCGACCGCUCAGUGCCGACAAAACAAUUGAGUGUCUAUUUGCGGUGAUUUUGUGAUACUUUAAUCCUUGAUAAGUACCCAGAUUACAAGCAUUAUUCAUAGUCAACUAGCUGUGAUCGGAAAAAGGAGAAACAUACUAAAGAAUUAUGAUAGGUGGACUUUAAAAGAUUCUAGUAUCUGCUCAUUGCCUAUUGGAAAACUAAGCCAGUUGUACAGCAUUGAAUGUGUUUCACAAGAAACUGUUAUUGGAGACGAGCCACACUUGAAUAUAACAGUGAAUGCAACUACCAUCAGUGUGUGAGAGUGUGGUGUAAGAGCGUUAAUGAAAAACGACGUGUAUUUGAAUAUGAGCAGAAAUAAUAUGUCACAAAAUGUUUUGGAUGAAUUAAAUGAUCGGUAUGCAACAACGCUUUUACCACUUACCAUCGUCCUUGGUGUUUUUGGAAUUGUUGGAAUAUUUGGAAAUAUAUUUGUUUUCAUUGUAUAUGGCUGCGGCAAGAAAUUUAAAGACAGAAAAUUCAGGUACUUUGUGGUAUCAUUGGGUUUAAUAGACUUUCUGACUUGCUUAACACUGAUACCAGCCGAAAUUCUAAAACACCGAAGCUAUUUCAAUUUUACGGAACGUCACUUGUGCAAAAUGAAAUGUUUCAUGAAUGUUUUCGCAGCUGCCGGAGCGUCUUACUGUUUGAUGUUGGUGGCCGUCGACAGAUAUAUCCUGACCUGUCGACCCAUGCUGUGUAAGAAAGUUCCAAAUAUUUCACAUAGCUGGGCUUGGCGUCUCUGUUUAAUUAUGUUAUUGAUGGCUGUCCUCACAUCAAUACCCGCGGGAGUGCUAUGUGGAAUUACGUAUGACGUCAUUACCGAUGUGUACGGGAACGUUACCGCCGAAAUCUACGCUUGCGAAAGUGAACCGUAUUUUCAGGCCGGGAUAUCUCGUUACGUAUAUAGGAUAUUUCUCAGUGUCAUACAGAUUUUAAUUAGCCUGCUGAUGAUAGUCUUGUAUGCGAGGAUAGGACACACAGUACUUCAAGCGAUGAAGAUCCGCGAAUCCCGAGACCCGCAGGACGUGCAGAUGUACGACUACCGCACCCACUGGGAGCCACGUCCCAAGAAUGGCGGACAACAGCUCGGAACGCCAAUGUGCGGGCCGCAUCACCAAGUUCACCAGCAUCAUCACCAUCAUCAUCACAUUCCGACCAAUAUUAAGCUGCUUUUUAUUGUCACUGUUGUGUUUAUUGUGACGUAUGUAUUGUAUUUAGCGCUCUCUUGGAUAGAUCAGAAACAAUUGACACAGACUCAAUUCUUGGUAUUUUCCAUGUUUUAUAGAAGUUACUUUAUUCACAGUAUCAUAAACCCAAUUCUGUAUCUUAAAAUGGAUAAACAUUUUAGGGGAAAAUGUAAGAGGUUUAUGAAGAGCAUUUUUUGUGUUGAGAAAUUACGUCGAUUACGUCGUAGAUAUUAAAUAAACGUACAUGUAUACUUUUUUUGUUCAAACUUAGUUGUCGGUGAUUUAGUAUUGUAAUUUUUAAUUUUUUCUUAUGUAUACAAACAGAACACAAGUCAAAUAAACGUCAA